CAGAGGCAUUGCAGACAGCGCGUUUGGGAGGUGUAGUGGAAGAAAGGCAAAGAAACGGAGUAAAUGAGAGCACUUUUGUCCACAUUGUUGAAGGACUUAUCAACUUAAUAUACCGCCGAAACAGCUCACAAUAAUGAGACGGACACAUUGUUGAAUUCCUGUCCAGGUAAAUGUCCGCGUUUCCUUCGCAUGGUUAACUACAAGAGGUCGACAGCUCGACAGGGUAACCACCAUUGAGAGAGGGCGGCUGUAAACCCCGGGACCUCGUCUCCAGGCUCCUGCACAGAGCCGAGUGAAGGAAACAAAGCUGUGUCUCUGCCUGCGGGAAACCUGGAUCCUCCACCCUGCCCACCAACAUGACCAAUGUGGUGAUUGUCAAGGAGGGAUGGCUGCAUAAACGAGGAGAAUACAUCAAAACCUGGAGGCCAAGGUAUUUUCUCCUGAAGAGCGACGGUACAUUCAUCGGCUACAAAGAGCGGCCGCAAGAUGUCGACCAGCUGGAAACCCCCUUAAAUAACUUCUCUGUCGCACAGUGCCAGCUGAUGAAGACGGAACGGCCCAAGCCCAACACAUUUAUCAUCCGCUGCCUGCAGUGGACCACUGUCAUCGAGCGCACCUUCCACGUGGAGACCCCCGAGGAGAGGGAAGAAUGGACUAAGGCCAUCCAAGCAGUGGCUGAAGGCCUGCAGAAACAAGAGGAGGAGAUGAUGGACUCCUCUCCGGACCCCAUGGACAUGGAGGUCUACCUGACCAAACCUAGACAGAAAGUGACUAUGCACGACUUUGAAUACCUCAAACUCCUGGGAAAAGGCACUUUUGGCAAAGUUAUCCUGGUAAAGGAGAAGGCCACAGGACGCUACUACGCCAUGAAGAUCCUGAAGAAGGAGGUGAUCGUAGCAAAAGAUGAAGUGGCGCACACACUCACGGAGAACAGAGUUCUCCAGAAUUCAAAGCAUCCGUUCUUGACAGGACUGAAAUACUCCUUCCAGACACAUGACCGCUUGUGCUUUGUCAUGGAGUAUGCAAACGGGGGCGAGCUUUUCUUCCAUCUGUCGAGGGACCGUGUAUUCUCAGAAGAGCGGGCCCGAUUCUACGGUGCAGAGAUAGUGUCUGCGCUGGACUACCUGCACGCUGAAAGAAACGUGGUCUAUCGAGAUCUAAAGCUGGAAAACCUUAUGCUGGACAAAGAUGGACACAUAAAGAUCACAGAUUUUGGCCUGUGUAAGGAGGGGAUCACAGAUGGCGCCACCAUGAAAACCUUCUGCGGGACGCCAGAGUACCUGGCGCCUGAGGUGCUAGAAGACAACGACUACGGCCGUGCUGUGGACUGGUGGGGUCUGGGGGUGGUGAUGUACGAGAUGAUGUGCGGCAGACUGCCUUUCUACAACCAGGACCACGAGAAGCUGUUCGAGCUCAUCCUCAUGGAAGACAUCCGCUUCCCUCGGACUCUCGGCCCCGAGGCCCGCUCGCUGCUCUCCGGCCUUCUUAAGAAGGAACCAAUGCAGAGGUUAGGUGGAGGGCCGGACGAUGCCAAGGAAAUCAUGCAGCACAAGUUCUUCGCAGGAAUAGAAUGGCAAGACGUGUAUGAGAAGAAGCUGGUCCCGCCGUUUAAGCCCCAAGUUACCUCGGAGACGGACACUCGAUAUUUUGACGAGGAGUUCACAGCACAGACCAUCACUAUUACGCCUCCCGGACAAGAAGACAGUAUGGAGUCAUUCGACAGCGAGCGGAGACCCCACUUCCCCCAGUUCUCCUACUCUGCCAGUGGGACGGCCUAAAGGACUCUCAGCGAUUCCUUUGGUGCGACCAUCUCCCCUCACCCCACCCGACUGCACUCUCAAAAGACCGGGGCCACAGCCCCAUCCUCCCUGCAUUGUCUGCUGAAUGCCGUUGCUGGAUGUAACAUUCACAAUCUGCAAGUUGUGUUUUCCAGGAAGGAGGAAAUUCAAGACGAAACAAAGAUACCUGUGGUUGUUCUGUGAGGCCUUUGAAGACUGACCACGGAGAGAGUUAACACUACCCUGCAUCUCCUAGUUGUUAUGUUGUAUACUGAGCAGGCAUCCAUACACCAUAAUGAAUGGGGAAAUGUAGUUAUGUUAUGCACAAAUUAGGCCACUGAUGUGAAUUUUGUAUUGAAAAUAUACAAGUGAAUAUGAAUCAACCAUUUCAAGUAGAAAUAUGAAUACUGUGGACCAAAAAGAUCAUUUGAGCAGAGAGUGUGUUGUUUGUUGAGUGGGUAAUGCAUCCAUGUUUUUCUUCUCUAAGACUUCUGAACAAUUGAAAUACCAUUCAGACUUUGAGACAUUUUUGGCUUCUAAAGUGAAUGUACCAUAUCAAAUAAAGUCAAUCAUUCUGCAUACGUACGUGUUGUAACACAUGGCUGACUCUGCUAAGACUGAAACACCAUCUUCUGGAGGUUUUUUUUUUUUUUUUUUUUUAAAUCACUUCUCUACUACCCUGAUACAAAACUGACACCAAUCUGUCUGUAUUAUCAUGCUACACCACAAUGAGUCUGACGGAUCAAUUGUGCAAUACGGUCUGAUGGCAGACAUGCAAAAAAAAAAAACACAAAAAAGUGAUUAAUCAUUAAAUUAAAAAGCUGUCCUGUAGUGGAUUCCUCGUGGCUGUUUUCUCACCAGUCACUGAGAGAGCCCCGGUUUCCUGUUCAGGGUAAUAAAUAACUCCUCCAGCCCCCUUGAAGUACGUGCUUCUAGUUCCUGAUGCCUUCCUAUCUUGACGCUGUGCUGCAGACAAACCUCCUGGUUUCCUUCUGAUCAGGGUCGGUCACUUGCUGACCCGUCAGAAACUCUUCUCUCCUCCGGGCUUUUCCUCCAUGUACAGUACAGUAUUGGGUGUUUUCCACCCGGUGCAUUCACUGCAGCCUCAAUGAGGUCACUUUAACAUAAUACACUUCUUUUGGAAUACUUCGCAAAAAAUACCGGGCUUCAGGGGGGAAACACACAAAGAGUCAUCUUUCAUUUGCUACUUUCAGGCCCUUUUGUCCCUUCACAAGUUAUUUAUAUGAGACCAGCAUUGACUAAAUUGAGUUUUUAACUGUGCCAAUGAUAUGCACUUUGCUGCCCCACAAUGAUUGUAUUUGGAAUCUUAUUUGUUUACUUUAUGGUUGGUAAAAGACUAAAUUAGCUUCUUUUUAUAAUGUAAGUUCAAAUGUUGUGGAUACAAAUAAAACCAGAACUGCUCGUGUGAAUGAUUACUCCCCUUUCACAGACAGCUGAGGCUAAACUGAGACUCUUGGGAACUGAAAGUCCUGUUUCAAAGUGUACUAAGAAGUUUUCAAAAGCGCCUCAGUCAUUUUUUUUUUUUUUUUUUUAAUGACAGAUAAUCAUUUAUCAAAAUUGCAUCAUACGUUAUUGAAUGUAAUGGUUUUUAUGAUAUUGUUUUCACUUCAAUCAUUUGCAAACCUUUUGUUCAGUUUCUGAUUACCUAUUCCUAUGCACGCUCACCCUUUUUGCUGUCACCUUCUGAAAAUAGGGAAAUUCAUUUUAUACUUUUUGUUUUUUUAUUUCAACUUCUUUUGUACCUGCCCUCCCAUAUUCCUGAGACUGAGGACACCAGCUUUAGUAAACAAAUAAUAUAAACUUUGUACACAGUUUUUACUUGUUUUCUUUCAAAUUGAUGAAAUAAAAGGUCUUAACAAAAA